AUGUGGGUUUGACGUGCUCUAUUAGCAACUGCAAAUGUUUUUGCAAUUUCAAAUCUUAUAUCUAAAGCGUUAAAAUACACAUUCCCUUGUGAUUCACUCUUGAUUCUUGCAGCGAAGUUGAUUGCGGUCUCUGAUGGGCGUUCUGUGUGAUACCUAUUCGAUUUAGUGCAAUCAGAUUGCCUGUCAUUUCUAUUUGAUAUCGUUUCACGUUUAGAAAAUUGACGCCUCCUAAUUUAUUGUGAUUCAUACUUUGAAUUUAAAUUUCAAUUAGGAAAUUUAUGUUCUCUUUUAAUUAUAACCUUGUUGAAUUUCGCCGACUUUGAAACAAUUUUAAAGUGUCAAUUUUAUUAAAUACUGGAGAAUGAUUCGCGCUGCUAAAGAUGUUAAUGAAGAGAGAGUACUGUACGCUAGGAACAAGUUGUUAGCUGGAUCUAAACCAGCUGUUGUUGGUGGGAAACCAAUAACAGAAGAAGUAGCCAACGAGCUUCGGGUUGUAACAUUCGGUUCAGCGUCUUGCCCACCUCGAGGGGAAUGGGUUCGAACCCCACUGACUAUGAGACCUCCAGAUCAGACACUGGGGUACGGAUUGUCUGCACCAAGGAAUGGCGCUAGAGCAUUAUUAUCUGGUCUCCAAGCUCAUAUAAUCAAGUGGUUGCUCUUCGACUCCCGGCCAGCGACUAAGGACAAUAAGUCUGCUUUGCCUCCUGAUACCUAUCUGCGACCUUCAGAGGACCGUCAAGAAGAAGCACUAUGGCGCGCUUGUAGCGAGGUCAUAUGGCGCUGCGCUGGUGGAUUCAAUGUUCAAUCUGGAACUGAACCGACGGCUGUGGUUGGCUUGCCCACUGAUCAUACAUACGUCCAGCAUAGUUCACAUUAUUACCAGGAUGGUAUCACUGAAAAGCUGCAUUUGUUCGACUUCACGAGACUGGAAGAUUUACAAAUUUUCUUAAAGCGAUAUCUCUAUUUGUUUCAAACCGAAGAAGGAUCGGGAGCUUUGCUUCUACUGUAUGCCGUUGUAUUGUCGAGAGGAUGUGAGAAUGUCAAAAAGGACUUGGAUGGUAAAUUGCCAUAUCUCGUGUCGGCACACGUGGAAGGAUCCCUGAACAUCGUGACUUUGCUUCUAACAGGCAGAGCUACUCCGUACCUCCAUAACGGAGUGUUGUAUGUCGGAGACGAGGAUCAUUAUGCUAUGCCCCAAUUCGGUAUUUUGGGCCGAAGUCCUGUUGGCCUACUGGUGUGGUAUGGGGGAGAUGAUAAUGCGAAGAAUAGCGACAACAGGCAGUAUCCUGGGUCCAGACUGAAGACACCUGCAAUGCCAAUAUGGGUAACCAGCUGUUCUGGCCAUUAUGGCAUACUGUUUAAUACCAACCGGGAAUUAUUGAGGAAUUAUCAUGCUGAGAGGAGAUUUGACAUCCAUUACUACACCUGCGGUGGAUGUCAUGUGCUUCUGAAUGUGGAUACUCGAGCGCACGAUGACUCCUCCGGUGUGUUGAGAAACGAUGAUAUCAAUGCUACACCCCUUGAAAAACUUAUACAUACGAAAUGGCAAGACGCGAAAAUCACUUGGACGGGAAACGCUCCAUAUGUCGGCGAACCGCCAAAGUAAAACAUUAUCAUAUUUUGAUUAGAUCCCUCCGAAUAUCGCUCCAUCUGUAUUUGUUGGCAAUUAUAUAAGAAUAUAACGGUGUUUGUUUUAUAUCCAGUAUUGCUAUAUUUGUAUUAUUUGCCAGAUAAUUUGGUGUAUAGAUAAUGUUUUCUCAUCCAGAAAAUAGAUGGCUGUAUCCCCUUUGACGUACUAUUUACUAUUUACAUGUAUAUUUUAGCAGUUAUACAUCUAUUAAUGUAUCUAAUAUAUCGCCGAUAUAAGUAGUUAUAUAAGGAAUAUUUAUAUUAUAUGAUUUGAUAUAUAAUUUAGUCUUAGAUUAUGUAUGUAGAUAGAGUGUCUCCAUACAAAUGCUUCAAGAAAAAUGGGUAAUUUUUUUUAUACAAUUUUGCGUGAUAAAUAUUUGUAAGUGAUGCCUUUAUAACUUCUAUAUUUAUUUUGUUUUAAAAUUUUUAAAUCUUUUUAAUGUGUAAAACCCGUUUUAUUUAUUUAAUAAUUAAAUAUAGAUACGUCAAGGUACAUAAUAUGCGUUAAUAUAUAGAACAAUAAUAAAAAAAAACGUUGAGCCGUUUUAAAGGCUCGAUGCUCUAUCUGUAGUAGAUGUUAUGUUGUCAAAAUUUUGUAGUUAAAAUCUUUGUAUUUUCACGUACUUUGAAAUGGAGACCAUAUAUCGGCAAGAGCAAUGUGAGAGCAAACUUUACCAUAUAUAUAAUAUUAAAUAUAUAUAUUUUAUAUUAGAUAUUAUAUAUACUACAAAACUAUUCAAUGUUUUAAACAUAAUUAAUUAAGCAAUUAUGUUCGCAAACUAUCACGAAAAUAAAAUGAAAAUUAAUUAUUUUCAUUUAUAAAUUACUUUCAUGUAUUCACUUUGAUGUUUACUAAUAAAGUUUAUAAUUGAUGUGACUGACAUUAAGUUUCAAAAGUUAAUACCAAUAAUUCAGUUAAUGAUAGCUUAAAUAGUAUAUUAAGAGGCAAAUUGCAAUAAAUACUAUAUAGACCAUUUGAUAAUAUAAAUAUAUAAUAUAUAAUUAGGUCAUACAGAAUUAUAUAUUAUUUUCAAAGACACAGGAUAAAAAAAAUAUUUAUUUAUUUAUUGUAUUUUACAAUUAUUAAUAUUUUUACAGGUACUAAUCUAUUUUAAUUUUAUAACAAUAUAUACAUAUAUACCACGUACACAUGUAUGUAUACACACAUAUACACUAGCAUACACAUACAUAUACACAUCCAUAUGUAUAUAUUGACUGUUGUAGCUAAUUACAUAAAGGGCUAUCUUUAUCAAUUCGUUCAGAGAAUAAUUAAAUGAGUCAAUUGUAUCUGUUAGUCGGGUCAGUGUCCGCAGAGCUCAUAAUCUCCAUCCCAUAUAGUACCUUUUUUUAUACAACUUAGAAUGGCAAACAAGUUGACGGCCCACCUGAUGGAAAGUGGUAACCGUCGUCUAUAGACAUGAGCAUUACCAUGGACAUAACAGAAUAUACUGUUUCGCCCAUGGUACCCCCAUGGGUUGCCAUUCCUGAGGACUCAGAUGUUAUUCCUCUGUACCCUGUCAAUUCACACCAUAUCCCACCCUUCAAAUCGAAACACAGCCAUGCAAACACAACUACUUCACGGUUGAAACACGGAUGGAUAUGUAAUGUAUAUGUAAUGUCAUAGUAAUUAGUUAAGCCGUUAAAGCACCAAACGUGACAAACAAACAGACUCACUUCUACAUUUAUAAUAUUAGUAAAGAUUUUAUCUUUUGUCCAUCCAUGUGGUCCCGGUAUACUCGUAGAACAGGCCACCUCAUCCUUUCCUGUGGGUAUUGUAAGAGGAGACUAAAAGAGUGCGAGGGAUGGGCAGUAGCGUCCCUUUUAAAACAUCUCUAAAAGUCUAACUGCGGUUGCAAACUAACUGGCAAAUCUCCUCUUAUUGAGAAAGCUUAUGUUUAGCAGUGGACAAAUAACUGCUGAAAUAAAAAAAAAAUCUUCUACAUACUUACAGCUAAUCUGUAAAAAUUGAUUUAGAACUCAAAAGUCUUAAAGUUGAGCCAUAUUGUAUUUUUAAUUUAUUCUUACUAGUUUAAAAAAACUGUCUUUACUUUUCGAAAUUUUAACUAGUUUUGUGUAUUCUACGUGGUAGACAAUGCAAUAGAAUAUGGUUUUAUAUAAGCUUAUCUAGGGUAUAAAAGAAGCGAGAUAGUGGCACAUUUUUCUAAUUUCAUUCUAAGCUUGCUAGCAAUAGAAUACAACUAUAUAUUUUCUAGAUUAUGUAAGAAUAUUUGUUUAAAGAGAAAUAAUACGACGAUCAGAUACGUAGAUAGAUAGACACUCUUUAUUCUUUUCUCCAAAAGAUUACAGUAGCAAACUUCUUAUAGAUACAAACAAUUACAAGAAAUGAUCACACUGAAAAAUCAAUAAGCGGCCUUAUGAUGUAUACGAGUACAUAACUGAGAUAUGGAGUAAUAGAUUAAGUGUAAUUAUUGUGAUAUUUAACCAAUAU